GCAAUCUUUACCGACUUGAUUCUGACCAAAAGACAUGUGUGUCAGAGACAGCGGAUCGCGAUCGGAUACUUAAAAAGUCUAUGACCGAACAACAAAUCACACGACAUAACAGGCAACCAAUGUCUUGUAGACCAAUUCUACUGUGGCAACAACAACUGUAUUCCUAGUAUCUGGAAAUAUGACGGAAAUAAAGACUGUCAUGAGACCGAUGCCGACGAGGCCGAAUGUGAUUUAUGUACAUACACGUGCGCCAGUGAGAAGUUCAGAUGCAAUGAUAAUGUGUGUAUUGAACUCGGUCUGUGAUACAAUGGUCAGAUCGAUUGUGCUGAUGGAUCUGACUGUGCAAUUAUUAAAAACAUUUUUAUUCCGAUACAUUUUGUAAUGAUUGAUCUAUUUGUAUGUAUUAAAAAUGUACACGAUGGCAGAUUUAGAUUAACUUUCGUGAGUGCGUCCUUUCCAUGUUUGUUUUAUGAAUUCGCUAUUGCCAUAUUGUUAGGUUGCCAGACCGAACAUGGUUUCCAGUGUCUUCCUUACAGAGAAAAUGUGCGAUUUACAUAUGGACUGUCUAAAUAAUGAAAAUGAGUCGAAAUGUCCAGGUAAGUGAUAUUAACUAGUAUAGUCUGAUGUCAAAUGUAGCAAGUUCUGUGUACUGUAAAAUGUUAUAUAAGGGUAAUGCGUUUGUCUUUAAUCGAUCGGCAAAUCUUCUCAAAUGAACAAUUUUGCAUUUGUUUAACUUGCUUUAAAUUAAUUCUUAAUAAAUGAUUAAAUCAUAAUCCAGAUUAGCAAAACGGGGUUUGGCGUUUUAAAAUUGAAGGUAUAUUUCUGAUAGUUUCUUUUAAUACGAGUGUAUGAAUAUGCAAAUGAAUGACACGGUAGACUAAGAAACUAGUUCUUUACUGUUGUUUAAGAAUUGCGGAUAAUGUGGACCAAAUUUGUUAACUUUUAGAAAAAACUUUCUAUUAUUGAAUUUCUUCUUUUCUCUUGAAUGAUUUAGUUGUUUGUUUUUUAAGAACUGCAAAUGAUAAAAAAGUUCUUAUAACUCAGUCUGGACUCCAAAACUAGUCAUUUUGUCGCUUAUCUUUCAAUAUAUAAACUGAAACAUACAACUUCAGUCUUGACUCCAAAGCCUGUCCUUUUUUGUCGUUUAUUACUUCACUCUUUACUCCAAAGCCUGUCUUUUUGUCGUUUAUUACUUCAGCCUUGACUCCAAAGCCUGUCCGUUUUGUCGUUUAUUACUUCAGUCUUGACUCCAAAGCCUGUCCUUUUUGGAUACCCACCGCUUAUACAAAAAGUGACCUUGGCCUGAGGAUGGUUUGAACAUAUCACAGGAAUGUGUAGAAAAGUUACGUUUUGAAAUAAUUCUGGCUGCUCUCUUUUGCAGGCGUUCUAAUUUACAUUUUUUUUUAAUUGUUACCCCAAAACAGUUUAGCAAUAAUCAAGAUGUGGGUUAACAAAGCAAUUCAAAAGUCAUACAAGAUGACUGGUUCUAGAAGGGUCUCAACUUUUUCAUCUGAAAAAAAUGACAUGAUAUCUUUUUACAGACAUUUGUAAAUUAAAUGUUCCAAGAGAGACAAUCAUGUAUGAACACUCCGAACAAUUUUAAACAUUACUAUUUUACUCCAAUUGGAUCUUUCCCCUUUAUUUCCAGGAGGACCACACAGGAUUUUAAAGACACAUAGCAGAACAAACUACGGUGUCGUCUGUUGUUUACGCUAUUCAUUGAUGUUACCUGCGGAAUGGGAAGACCUACCGGAAGCUCUUUGAGGAAGGUUAUUUAUCCAUUUAUCGGUGAUUAAGUGCGGUUACGGGUUCUAUAGAGCGACACUAACUCUAAAUAGUGCAAGGUGUCACUAAGGUGAAGGAGGGACCAACUUGUGUCAUACACAAUGACAAAACAAAAACAACCGCCAUCCUCGCCGACGAUAUGCAUUAUAAAACCGGCCCUUACAUUGUUACGAAAGCAUGGGGCUAUAUAAGGUCAACCUGACACAUUCACUGACACUACGACUGUUUGCAGCAGACAGAUACAAGAUGGAUGCCUUGUCAAUAUCAUUGGUGAUUGUUACGACAUUAGCGACCAUAUGUGGUAGUCUACAGGAUAUAUCUAGGUAUAGAGGGUAUAUACAGACCUACCAUAACAAUCUCCGUGCUAACGAACGAGCCGCUGACAUGAAAUAUAUGAACUACGACAUGGGUUUAGAACAGCGAGCUGCAUCCUGGGCAAGUCGUUGUUCGUUCCGCCACCAAAUGGCAGGGUUCGGGGAGAACCUAGCGUUCGUGUCCAGUACGGGCCAAGCAGUAGAUGACAUGUACAGCAUCAAUAACGCUAUGAGGAAUUGGUAUGGCGAGCGGGGGCUAUGGCAUGGGGGUACUGGGCAUUGCGGCGCCGCUUGCCAUUACACACAGAUUGUAUGGUCUCGGACGACUCGGUUAGGAUGUGCCUUGAACCUCUGCGCAGUUUUACCUGACGGAAAUGGUCGCGUUUAUAGAAACGCCAAAUAUUUUGUAUGUUUCUACUCACCAAUGGGUAACUGGGUAGGUGAGCCCGCCUUCCUGAGAGGCCAGCCUUGCUCGAGAUGUCCUGCUGGUAACUCGUGCUUUAAUGGACUAUGUGUUGGACCAGAGAGCGGAAGCAGAGGACGAAGGAGUGCCGAAGACUGCCAUCCUAAUAAUGGAACUACCACGUGUCAUUGACCCACGUAAUCUUGAAUGAGAGAUAUCAAGAUUGACACAAGAGGUGUGAGCGUUCCCCUACAUUUCGAUAUUUGACUCCUAAAUAUUAUACUGCGAAAUGUGAAUAUCAUUCUACGGGAUUGAGUGUGCCCUUAAUAUGAUCAUACUUCAACACAAAUUGAGAAAUGUUACCUUAUUACCUAAGUUACACGAGUAUGAAAUGACGUUCUUCAAAAUAUUACAAAUGAUCUGAUGUAAAAGCGAAAAAAAAUACUGUUUUGCAUCGUGUAUGGCUUUUCCUUGUAAAUAAACAUAUUGUCGACAAAUUUUUACCUAUCCAACUUCUUUUCUGAUU